GCACUCCCACUGGGAGGAUAUGUGUAGUGGUGUUCUGCUUUAUAAUUGGUUGAUUUUGUUAACGGAGGACAUGGGACAUUUAACCCAUAUCACAUGCACUAACAUGGCGAGCACAUAUUAGGUUAUCCGUGCAACAUACCUCUGCCUGUCUCUAUUUCUCUGUCGCUCUCAGACCCAGAUCUCACCAUGACCCAGAAUCUAGUUCUCAACACCACCUGGGAGGGCUUCAAUCUUUCCAAUUCCUCAAGAUUGCAGGAAAACCCUUUGACCCACCAGAACAUCACGUAUGUUGACUUCUACCUCCACAAGCCCUCUGUGGCUGCGGUCUUCACCGUCUCCUACCUGCUCAUCUUCCUGGUGUGCAUGGUGGGCAACGGGGUGGUGUGUUUCACCGUGCUGCGCAGCAAGAACAUGCGCACGGUCACCAACCUGUUUAUUCUCAACCUCGCCAUCAGUGACCUGCUGGUUGGCAUCUUUUGCAUGCCAACCACACUGGUGGACAACAUCAUAACAGGAUGGCCAUUUGGUAGCGUAGUGUGUAAGCUAAGCGGUAUGGUUCAAGGGAUAUCCGUGUCAGCCUCUGUGUUCACUCUCGUGGCAAUAGCUGUUGACAGGUUCCGCUGCAUUGUCUACCCUUUCAAGCAGAAGCUUACCAUCCCCACUUCAAAGUUAAUUAUCGUCAUCAUAUGGGUCCUCGCUGUGUCCAUCAUGUGUCCCUCUGGGGUCAUGCUACAUGUCACAAAGGAGCAGAGGGUGCGAAUAAUCCUUGGCAACAACGACAGCCGUCCCUUUUACUGGUGCCGGGAAAAUUGGCCCAAUCAGGAGAUGCGGAAAAUCUACACCACUGUUCUCUUUGUUAACAUCUACCUCGCUCCUCUCAGCCUUAUCGUCAUCAUGUACGCCCGCAUUGGCUUCACCCUCUCCAAGACUGCUAUUUCUCAGGUGAGGGGCGGUGGAAGCGUGUCGGAAGAGGGCGGUGGAAGUGGCAAAUCUAGAACGGAGGGGCGUCACACAAUUUCGAAGAAGAAGAAUCGGGUGAUAAUGAUGCUGCUGGUUGUGGCUCUGCUCUUCAUCUUAUCCUGGCUUCCGCUGUGGACGCUGAUGAUGCUGAGCGACUACACCAGCCUGACAGAGCACCAGUAUCGUGUCAUUAACAUCUACGUGUAUCCCUUAGCUCACUGGUUGGCCUUCUUCAACAGCAGCAUCAACCCCAUCAUCUAUGGGUUCUUCAACCAGAACUUUCGCAGAGGCUUUCAGGCUGCCUUCAAAUUCCAGCUGUGCUCUGAGUGCAUUGGGUGCCAGAAUACCUACUCCCAUCAGAUCCGAGGGAACGCUGUACUCCCAGUCCAGCCUGCUGUCCUCAGCAGAUCGGGCUCAGGGGUCAGACUAGUGUUAAUGGAGAAUGGGACACGCUCACGUCAGGAAAGAGGGAGCUUGGCUGCUAGAAGUCAUAUCAAAGAACAGGACCUGAUCAUGGAGGACCUGGAAAAGGAGUCCCAGAUUUAG